GGGCUCCCUGUCCUGGGGCUUGUUGGUCCCAGCUAGGGGGCUCUAGUCUUCUAAGCCACUGAGCUGAGUAGACUGCGACCCUUCUGGCCGCAUCUGUGCUUGCAAAGACCGGCCGCUAGCGAGCCAGAGCCCGGCAGUGGCCAGUUGAGGUUGGGGUCACCAACUAGCAAGUCUGGUUUGAGGAUGGCGGAAGCAGGGCCCCCUCCAGCAAGGCUCCCUCCAGCAGGGUCCUCUCGGGCUGGGCUCCCUUCAACAGGAUCCCCUCCUGCUUCCACUCCAGCCCUGGCCUCGCAGUGGCUGGCAGUCAAGCGUUUGCCUAGGGCUGCCGCCAAGGCGCCCAGUCUCCAGCUGAAUCAGGACCACUGUUCUUUCGUGCCGUUCACGCAGGCGGUCCCAGUGCAGGUGGACAUGGCCAUGGCCCUGCAUCGCGUUAGGAUCGCGGAGAAGUACGGGAAGAACUACCUCUGCUUGCUGCAGGCAGUCUUCCUCGCAGAAACUGGGCUGCUCCUCCAGUUAAAGGACAUCAAUCAUUUCCUAAUGCAAGACAUUGCUUUCCUGUCUGGUGGCCGGGGAAAGGACAAUGCUUGGAUCAUUACAUUUCCAGAAAACUGUAACUUCAGAUGCAUACCAGAGGAAGUAAUUGCAAAAGUGCUCAAUUACUUGACAUCUAUUGCAAGGCAAAGUGGAUCUGACUCCCGAUUUACUAUUAUUCUAGAUCGAAGACUGGAUACAUGGGCUUCCCUCAAAAUUUCCCUCCAGAAAAUCUCAGCCUCCUUCCCUGGGAGCUUACACUUAGUCCUGGUUUUGCGUCCUACCAGUUUUCUUCAACGGACUUUCACGGACAUUGGAUUUCGAUUUAGCCAGGAGGAUUUUAUGCUGAAAUUACCAGUUGUUAUGCUGAGCUCAGUUAGUGAUUUGCUGACAUACAUUGAUGACAAGCAGUUAACCCCUGAGUUAGGCGGCACCUUGCAGUACUGCCACAGUGAAUGGAUCAUCUUCAGAAAUGCUAUAGAGAAGUUUGCUGUCACAGUGAAAGAAAUGGCUCAGAUGUUGCAAUCCUUUGGAACAGAAUUGGCUGAAACAGAGCUACCACAGGAUAUCCUCUCAAUAGAAGAGAUUCUGGCAGGUCGCGCUGAAAGGUAUCACCUGUUGAAGAAUGACUUAACUGCUGUAACCAAAGAAGGAAAAGUUCUGCUCAUGAACCUGCAAGUGCCUGGCACUGAAGAAACUGUCAGUUCAAGCCUUGAAUGUACUCAGCACAUAAAUGGCGACUGGCAAACUAUUAAAAAGUUGCUGGCUCAGGUGCAUGAUAUGGAAACUGCUUUUGAUGGAUUUUGGGAAAAACAUCAGCUGAAAAUGGAGCAGUAUCUGCAACUGUGGAAGUUUGAACAAGACUUUCAAGAGGCUGUGACUCAAGUUGAAUAUUUAUUAAGUCAACAAAGAGAACUGGGUGAUAUAACAGGGAACUUAGCUCAAGUAAAACAAAGACUUAAAAAACUAGAGAUCUUAGAUGAUAAAUCUCAGGAACUGUUAACUAAGACCCGGAUUGUGAUACUACGUGGCCACAAGCUGGCAUCAAAUCACCACUAUGCACUUGAUUUAAUCUGCCAGCGAUGCAAUGAGCUGCGCUACCUUUCUGAUAUUUUAGUUAAUGAGAUCAGAACAAAGCGGAUCCAACUGAGCAGGACUUUCAAAGUGCAUAGACUCCUACAGCAGGCACGUCAGUGCUGUGAUCAAGGGGAAUGCCUCCUGGCUAACCAAGGAAUGGAUAAGUUUCAGACUAAAGAAGAUGCUCAGAAAGCCCUUCAAGAUGUGGACAAUUUCCUUCAAAUGGCCAUGCCUUUCAUCAAUUAUGAUAUAGAAAGCCUGCAAUAUGAAUUUGAUGUACACCUAUCUCCUGAACUAAAGGCUCAAAUGCAGAAUAUACAACUAAAGCUUGAAAAUAUUCGAAGUGCAUUUGAGAACCAACAGGCUGGUUGUAAGAGCCUAAAAGAAGUACCCGAGGGGGCAUUCCAGAGCUUGGUUCCUGCAUCUGAAAAUGUGAUGCGAUCCAGAAUGAUAUUCUUUUCACCGAAACAUGUGAAAAAGUCUUGGAGACAGAUUCACGCUCAGAGCAACGUGAAAGUUGAAGCUGUUGAGGAUAGCCAAGAGAAGAAUUCUGAUCACUCUCCCAAAUUGGACAAUAGCUUGGAUAUUUUAAAGAACCAUGUCCUAAAUGAGCUGAUACAGACAGAGAGAGCAUAUGUUCGAGAGCUGUUUACUGUUUUGUUGGGCUACAGAUCUGAGAUGGACAAUCCACAGAUGUUUGAUCUUAUGCCACCUCUCCUGAGAAAUAAAAAGGAUGUUCUCUUUGGAAAUAUGGCAGAAAUAUACGAAUUCCAUAACAACAUUUUCAUGAGCAGACUGGAAGAUUGCUCUGAUGCUCCAGAAAGAGUGGGACCUUGCUUCCUGGAAAGGAAGGAUGAUUUUCAGAUGUAUGCCAAAUAUUGUCAGAAUAAACCCAGGUCAGAGUUAAUUUGGAGGAAGUAUUCUGAAUGUGCCUUUUUCCAGGAAUGUCAACGAAAAUUGAAACAUCGACUUGGUCUGGAUUCCUAUUUGCUCAAACCUGUUCAACGAAUCACUAAGUAUCAGUUGCUUUUAAAGGAGCUUUUAAAGUAUAGCAAAGAAGGUGAAGGAACUACUAAAUUAAAGGAGGCACUUGACUCAAUGCUGGAGCUGCUGAAGUCAGUGAAUGACUCCAUGCAUCAGACUGCCAUCAAUGGCUAUGUUGGAAAUAUAAAUGAGCUGGGCAAGAUGGUUCUUCAAGGUUCCUUCAGUGUUUGGCUAGGACACCGGAAAGGUGCUACAAAAAUGAAGGAUUUUGCACGGUUCAAACCCAUGCAGAGACACCUUUUCUUGUAUGAAAAAGCUGUUAUGUUUUGUAAGAGGCGUUUUGAAUCUGGAGAAGGUGCUAAUAGAUACCCAUCAUACAGUUUUAAGCACUGCCUAAAAAUGGAAGAUGUCGGCAUCACAGAACAUGUGAAAGGUGAUAACCGCAAAUUUGAAAUACGGUAUAGUGAGAAGGAAGAAAUUUACAUUGUUCAGGCUCCAAAUGUUGAUGUGAAGAUGUUAUGGCUAAAAGAAAUGAGAAAAAUUUUGGUGCAGCAGAAGGAACUUAUGAAUGCUAAAACCCAGCAGGAUCAGUCACUAGACCAGGACCACCUUUUUCCCCAGCAGCAGAAUGCCGAGCUAUGCAAAAGCUCACCUUUUUUUGUGUGUGAGGAAACUCUUUUCGAUGCCACGGAAGCAGGAGCAGAAGUGGAGCAAGCUGGUACCCUGAUAAAGGUCAGGGAGGCAGCUGUGCUAGCUCAGGCAGAGGCAAGUUCAGCAGCUUGGAAUGGGAUGUUACCAUCUGCAGAAGGCACUGCUGCAAUUGCUGAACAUUCAUACAAUUAUUUCUCCUCUAACAAUGACCAUGGAGAAGAUAGGACACAAAUGAGACUCAUGUCGGAGGUGACAUUCUAGUUAUAAAGAAGCCACAGCAUCGUCUGGCAAGUUGCUCUGCCUGCCUGCUUCUCAGCCCAUGUGGAAAUAAAACACCCCUCAAAGGAAUUUCAGCCCAAAUGAUGGGAUUUCCCCCCCAGGUUAAUAUAUUUAAACAUGCACAAAAACAACGGCAUAUACUUCUUUCUUUCACUUAAAAGCGUUUUACUUCUGGUACUUUUUAUUCCUUAAAUUGCAUACGUGUGUAAGACAUUGUGCCAGAUAAAAUCAAUCUCAUCUCAGAAUAUUUUUGACUUGAAAAUUGUUUCUUCUCUGUCUACUUUGCAACCAAAUGCAAUCAGUGUGCCUUGAAUUAUUUAGCUUAUUAUUAAUUAAGUUAAACUUAGGGCUGUAAAAUAGUUAAGGCCAAGUGAAGCACAACACUAUGAUUUAAAGCGCUUUUUAGACCCAGCGCUCCUUUAACCCACGCAAGACAAUGGCAGAUUUCAGAAGUCCUGGGGGUGGGGGUCCUUAGUAAAUUCUAUUCAGGGCUAUUGCCUUUUCUAUGUGCCAAGAUGAACUUUUCCUGAGAGUAGUUUACAAAUUGCAUUUAAAAUUUAAUAUUUUCAUGCUUGUUUCUUUUUCUGAAUUUAUGCUUAUAAUUCAUGUAGCAAAUUACUUGUGCUCUAUUAUCUUCUGUACAUUUCAUGCUGUCAUCAUUUUUUUUCCAAAUAAAAAUGAAAACUUCAGGUUCCACAAAUUGA